AUGGAGCAUCCACGCCAGAAUACGCAUACAACAACAGAGGCGAACGACUCUAAAGUCGGCUUCCAGGCAAAAACCCACGAUGUCGAGAGCAGCAUCGCCGCCGUCGACCCGUUACGCGACGUCGCGCGGGUGAUCGACCACAAGGCCGAACGGGCACUGUGUCGCAAGUUCGACUUUCGUCUUCUGCCUGUGCUGGCUUUUAUGUAUCUGUGCAAUGCGCUGGACAAGGGGAAUCUGGGAAAUGCAGAAACGGACGGACUCAGCGACGAUCUGCACUUCUCCAACAACCAGUACAACCUGCUGCUCUCCAUCUUCUUCCUGCCCUACGUGCUCUUCGCACCACCCUUCGCCAUGCUGGGCAAGCGCUUCAGUCCCGCGCGCGUCAUCUCCGGCAUGAUGUUCUGCUUCGGCUGCUUCACGCUGCUGUCCGCUGCGGCCGUCAACUUCGCCGGCAUCUUCGCGCUGCGCUGGUUCCUGGGCAUGGCCGAGGCCGCCUUCUUCCCCCUGGUCAUCUACUACCAGACCACCUUCUACCGUCGCGGCGAGCUCGCCCGCCGCCUGGCCAUCUUCUACGCCGCCUCCAACAUCGCCAACGCCUUCUCCGGCCUGCUCGCCUUCGGCGUGUUCCAGAUCCGCGACCGCAAGCUGCAGGGCUGGCGCUACCUCUUCCUCAUCGAAGGCGCCUGCACCGUCCUCUUCUCCGCCUUCGCCUUCUGGUAUCUGCCCAAGAGUCCGCAGGAGGCGCGCUUCCUCACCCCGGACGAGAAGGCCCUCGCCUACCACCGCAUCCAGGUCGAUUCGAGUGCCGUCGUCAACGAGAAGUUCAACCUGCGCGAGUCGCUCGCCAUCCUGAAGCGGCCCACCACCUACGCCUUCCUGGCCAUCGAGAUCUGCCUGGGCGUGCCGCUGCAAGGUGUCGCGCUGUUCCUGCCGCAGAUCGUCGCCCGGCUGGGGUACUCGACGGUGAAGACGAAUCUGUACACGGUGGCGCCCAACGUGACGGGCGCGGUGAUGCUGCUGGUGCUGGCGUUCUGCUCGGACGCGACGCGGCUGCGGUCGCCGUUCAUCGUGCUGGGCUUCCUGCUCACGUUUUGCGGCUUCAUGAUCUACGCGGCCAUCAACGACGUCGAGAGACAGAUCCGGCUCGCGUACUACGCCACCUUCAUGAUGACCUGGGGCACGUCCGCCCCGUCGGUGCUGCUGAGCACCUGGUACAACAACAACGUCGCGCACGAGGGCCAGCGCGUGCUGCUGACCAGUCUGGGCGUGCCGCUGGCUAACCUGAUGGGCCUGGUGAGCAGCAACAUUUUCCGCGCCAAGGACAAGCCCAAGUACAUGCCCGCGCUGGUGACGGUCGCCGCGUUUGGCGGCACGGGCGCGCUGCUGGCCGGCUUGCUGGGCUUGUACAUGUGGUUCGACAAUAAGCGGCGAGAUGCCCGGGCGGGCGUCAAGGUUGAUGCCCGGAAUGUGCCGACGGAGCGGUUGCGAGAUGGGCCUGCGACGCCGGAAUUUCGGUGGUUUUUGUAG